CCCUUUAAAGGUCUUCUCGGGUAUCGUCACUUCAACCACUCACUUCACACUAAACCAUCUCUCACGGUCUACCGACCGAUCGAUCAGUCACGAUGAAUGCGACAGAUCCCAAAGAGCGGUUCUACCGCCAGUUCCAAAACUCGGCGGAGUCCAUCCAGGACCAGAUCAACCAGCUUCCCAACUUCGCGGCCGUGGGCGGCGUGCGGCAGGAUGCCAUCGAGCACAUUCUAGGUGCCAUCUCUCGCCUGUCCAAGGAGGUUGCCGAUGCCACUGCAUUCGUACCCGCUUACGACCAGCGGGCCUAUUCCGACAAAGUCAAGUCACUUGAGGUUCAAGUGAACGAGGCAGCAGCCAAGUUCACCUCUUCCAAGAGUCGUUUCCGGUUCAAGAAACGUCCGGACAGCGCCAACACUGCCGCAACCAAGGCUGACGCCCGCCGCCUGGACUUGACCACUAAUGCUAGCUAUGCUAUCGAACUCCCCUCCAAGCCGAUCCCCGACUCGGCCUCGACUCCAUCCAGCUCGACCAAGAAUUACAAUGCCGAAAUCGCCAACUCAGGAGGCGAAGGCUUGGGCAUAGGCAUCCGCAAGCCCUCCUUCUCCGCGGCGCAGGACAUCGCCCUCACCGACCACAUCCGAGUGCACAUCAUGCUCCCGGCCUCGGCCUCGCGCGCCACCUCGGCCGGCACGCUGACCAACCUGCACCAGUGCGUCGUCGACAUGUCGCUGCCCACCUGCACCGGCACCACCAGUAACGGCAACGGCAACGGCACCACGAACCCGGACGCGUGCAUCGGGAUCGGCACGCCCUUCGCCAGCCUGACUCUUAAGGACAUUCAGGGCAGCGCCAUCGUGGCAGGCCACGUCAACGGCCCCGUGCACGUCACGGGCCUGCGCGACAGUGUUGUGAUGGUGGUCGCCCGCCAGGUGCGCAUCCACGAGUGCCGCAACGUCGUCUUUUACCUGCACUGCGUCAGCCGGCCCAUCGUGGAGGACUGCAGGGGGGUGCGGUUUGCGAAGGCCCCGGGGGUUUUUACCGAGUCCAACCUGUACGACCAGGUCGACGACUUCAAGUGGCUCAAGACCUUCAGCUCCCCCAACUGGAGCUUGCUGCCCGAGUCCGAGGUCGUCCCGGACGCUGUCUGGAAGAAGGCCCUUGCCGGCGAGCCUGGCGUCAUCAUCGACAACACUCUGCGGAGCCUGGGUGUCAAGAAGGGCCAGGAUGUCGAGGCGGAGAUUUGAAACCGGAUGGUUGUGUUGUUUCAAAGGGUACCUCGCUGAAACAUGGUCUUCCUUUAGGGGGUGUAUUCUUGCUAGCCGUCCAUGGCUCCAGUAAAUUAGCGAUUAUUUCGUCGUGAACCGGUGUGUCGAUGCUAGGGGAGUGAUUGGUGCCAGUUAGUUAC